CGGCUGGGAGGGAGGCUGGGCCCGCUGGAGAGGGAGGUGAGCGGAUCGCUGGGGCUGCUCGGCUCCUGCGCGCCCUCGCGCUCCCCGCCGCCCGCCGAGGCGCAGGCAGGGUGCAGGCGGCGGCGGGCGGCAUGGAGAGCCUGCUGGAGAACCCGGUGCGUGCCGUGCUCUACCUCAAGGAGCUCACGGCCAUCGUGCAGAACCAGCAGAGCCUCAUCCACACCCAGCGCCAGCGCAUCGACGAACUGGAGCGGCGGCUGGACGAGCUAAGCGCCGAGAACCGCAGCCUGUGGGAGCACCAACAGCUGCUGCAAGCCCAGCCUCCGCCCGGGCUCGUCCCUCCGUCGCCAGCCUCGCUGCCCGUCACCCCGGCCACAGCCGCCGCCGCCGCCGCCGCUGGGGCCCAGGAACCGCUCCAGAACCACGGACAGCUCUCGCCCGCCGCGCCGCAGCCUGCGCCGGAGCAGCCACCGCUUCAGCACCACGGACAGCUCCUGGUGCAGCCCCAGCCGGGCCCCAGCAGCAGGGCUCACGCACCCCAGUCUCCCCACCAGCACCCAGUGGCGCCCGGGGCAGUCGCCGACAAGGAGAAAGAGCGUCCCCCGAGUUGUUGCACUGCCGCUGGAACCCUCCUUCAGCACAAAUCCCCCGCCGCCCUCGGCAAGGGCGUCCUGAGCAGGAGACCCGACAAGAAGAGGACUUCUUGCCGGUCAGCUGGAAAAUGGGGCCAGAGUGAAGGCUCACCAAGAGGAAGGAGUGUGUGUCUUUUUGCUCACCUAGAAGCCGGCACAAAGAAUGAGACCGUGCUGCACCAGUUCUGCUGCCCAGCUGCUGACGCCGAGCAGAAGCCCGCCUGCUCCGACUUGGCCUCCCAAAGCGAUGGCUCCUGUGCCCAGGCCGGUGGGGGCAUGGAGGACUCCGUGGUGGCAGCGGCGGCGGUGGCAGCCGGCAGACCCAGUGCCCAUGCCCCGAAGGCUCAAGCCCAGGAGCUGCAGGAGGAGGAGGAGCGGCCGGGGGCGGGGGGUGCCUCCCCGAGGGCUGGCUCCCACCGCGCGGCCUCCCCCGGCCGGCAGCAGCCUGCCUUGGCGACGGCGCUCUGCUCCCACGCCCCUAACGCCUCCGAUUACGAGCUCUCCCUUGACCUAAAGAAUAAACAGAUUGAAAUGCUAGAACACAAGUACGGGGGCCACCUUGUGUCCCGGCGCGCCGCUUGCACCAUCCAAACCGCCUUCCGCCAGUACCAGCUCAGCAAGAACUUUGAGAAGAUCCGCAACUCCCUCCUGGAGAGCCGCCUGCCGCGGCGGAUCUCCCUGCGCAAGGUGCGGGCGCCCACAGCCGAGAGCCUGGCGGCCGAGAAGGCGCUCAUGGAGGGCUACGGCCUCAUGGGGCUGCCGCUGGUGCGCUCGCCCUCCCUGCCGCCCACCUUCGCGGGCACGCUCACCGAGCUGGAGGACUCCUUCACCGAGCAGGUGCAGUCCCUGGCCAAGUCCAUCGACGACGCCCUGAGCACCUGGAGCCUCAAGACCAUGUGCUCCCUGCAAGAGAGCGGCGCUUACCAACUCCACCAGGCCCUGCACGCAGGCGCGGGGCCACCCGGCCUGGAGGCCGAGAUGCGGGAGCUCAACAGCGCCCGCCCGGCGCCCGGGGAAGAGGCCGCCGAGGUCGCCGGCCUGCCCCAGGGCCACAGCAGCACCCUCAUGAUGGCUUUCCGGGACGUCACCGUGCAGAUCGCCAACCAGAACAUCUCUGUCUCCUCCGCCACGGCUCUGUCGGUGGCCAACUGCUUGGGCGCGCAGACCGCCCAGGCCCCGGCAGAGCCCGCGACGGCGGGCAAAGCGGAGCAGGGCGAAGCCCCGGGGCAGGAGCCCCCCGAGGCCCCCACCGCUGGUCAGGGGGGUGCUCCCGCCGAGAACACGGGCGCAGAGGCCGGAGCCAGCGCCGCCUUGGGCGCGCACCCACCUGGGGCUGCCCAGGCCGUGGUGGAGGGGGCCGCGGUAGCGGUCUCGGAGGCAGAGGCAGAGGAGGAGGAGGCCGGGGAGGCGGGGAAGGAGACGGAGGCCGAGGCCGGCGACAACUCGGAGCAGCUGAGUAGCAGCAGCACGUCCACCAAGUCGGCCAAGUCGGGCUCGGAAGCAUCGGCCUCAGCCUCCAAGGAGGCCCUGCAGGCCAUGAUCCUGAGCCUGCCGCGCUACCACUGCGAGAACCCCGCCAGCUGCAAGUCGCCCACGCUCUCCACAGACACGCUGCGCAAAAGGCUCUAUCGCAUCGGCCUCAACCUUUUCAACAUAAACCCGGACAAAGGCAUCCAGUUCCUGAUCUCCCGAGGCUUCAUCCCUGACACCCCCAUUGGAGUGGCCCACUUCCUGCUCCAGCGCAAGGGCCUCAGCCGGCAGAUGAUCGGGGAGUUCCUGGGUAACAGCAAGAAGCAGUUCAACCGCGAUGUGCUGGACUGUGUGGUGGACGAGAUGGACUUCUCCAGCAUGGAGCUGGACGAGGCCCUGCGGAAGUUCCAGGCCCACAUCCGCGUGCAGGGGGAAGCCCAGAAGGUAGAGCGACUCAUAGAGGCCUUCAGCCAGCGCUACUGCAUGUGCAACCCCGAGGUGGUGCAGCAGUUCCACAACCCCGACACCAUCUUCAUCCUCGCCUUUGCCAUCAUCCUCCUCAACACCGACAUGUACAGCCCCAACAUCAAGCCCGACCGGAAGAUGAUGCUAGAGGACUUUAUCCGAAACCUGAGAGGUGUGGAUGACGGUGCCGACAUCCCCAGGGAGCUGGUGGUGGGCAUCUAUGAAAGGAUACAGCAGAAGGAGCUCAAGUCCAAUGAGGACCACGUCACGUAUGUCACCAAGGUGGAGAAGUCCAUUGUGGGCAUGAAGACGGUGCUGUCGGUGCCCCACCGCCGCCUGGUGUGCUGCAGCCGGCUCUUUGAAGUGACAGAUGUCAACAAGCUGCAGAAGCAGGCCGCGCAUCAGAGGGAGGUGUUCCUCUUCAACGACCUGCUGGUGAUUCUCAAACUUUGCCCGAAGAAGAAGAGCUCCUCCACAUACACGUUCUGCAAGUCAGUGGGCCUGCUGGGCAUGGGGUUCCACCUCUUUGAGAAUGAAUAUUACUCUCAUGGCAUCACCCUGGUGACCCCGCUUUCGGGCUCUGAGAAGAAGCAGGUGCUGCAUUUCUGUGCCCUGGGCUCGGACGAGAUGCAGAAGUUUGUGGAGGACCUGAAGGAAUCCAUCGCUGAGGUGACAGAGCUGGAGCAGAUCCGGAUAGAGUGGGAGCUGGAGAAGCAGCAGGGAGCAAAGACGCUGUCCUUCAAGUCCAGCGGGGCACAGGUGGACCCACAGUCCAAGCACGGAUCGCCUACAGCCAAAAGGGAAGCUGCCCUGGGGGAGAAGCCGGUGGAGAGCACGGUGGAGGUGUCAAUUCACAACAGGCUUCAAACGUCUCAGCACAACCCCCAGCUGGGGGCCGAGAGGGGAGCGCCGGUGCCACUGCCAGACCCGCAGCCUAGCCCCUUGAGGGAGCAGCCCCCGCCGCUGCCGCCGCUGCCACCCACACCCCCCGGGACCCUGGUGCAAUGCCAGCAAAUUGUCAAGGUCAUUGUCCUGGACAAGCCCUGCUUGGCCCGCAUGGAGCCCCUGCUGAGCCAGGCUCUCUCCUGCUACACCUCGUCCUCCUCUGACUCCUGUGGCUCCACACCCCUGGGUGGCCCAGGCUCCCCGGUCAAGGUCAUCCACCAGCCUCCGCUGCCCCCACCCCCACCCCCCUACAACCACCCCCACCAGUACUGCCCGCCCGGCUCUCUGCUGCACCGGCGCCGCUACUCCAGCGGCUCCAGGAGCCUGGUGUAGACUCUGCGCCCCCCCCACCCUGCUGCUGUCCCAGGAGGGCUGGCCGCUGGGGGGCCCUCGGCUGCACCCAGCAGCCCCCACCGCCCCUUUGCUCGCUGCUCCCCACGCCCUGGCACGAUGCACUACUGGUCACUGAUCACCAUCAUUUUGGAAAGAGAAUCCCAAUCCCUGGCACCUAGGUUUGCCUCCCCCAACCCUGCUCCCCUCACUCCAUUGAGCACCCCUUCACCCCAAUCUGGAGACACCACCUCACUCUCCUGGGGCCCCACACAGCCAGGCACGUCCAGACCUCCUCUUCCUCCUGCCACCACUCUGGCCAUUUGGGCCGUGGACUGAAGAAAGCAAGAGCUGAGGGCCUAACCGGCUUCUGAGUCUUGAGUGUGUUAGGCCCCAGGCCUCAGGCCAGGUAAGGAGGCUUCCUCUGCUGCACCCCGAAGCCCAGCAGUCUCAGGAGUUUGGUCACACCCUCUGCCUCCUCCCAGGGCCUUUUCCUGCUUUCUCAGGAGCUGGGCCCUGCCUGCCCAGGGCUGCUCAGACUUCAGGAAAGUUUUGAGAAAGGUUAAGAGGGAAAGAUCAAGUCGGCAGAGCCAUGGAAUCGUGAGGUCCUACAUCCAUAAAAUCCAACUUUUAAAAGGGUUUCUUCGUUUUCUAGCCCCAGAUAUGACCUGGCCAAUGCAAAGUGCCCAGGGCGUGGACUUAAACACACACGGGUUCUUCCAAUGUGGAAGUACAAACAGGGAGAAGGAGCAGUGAUUUGCCCAGGGACAAAUGCAGCCAGCAGAGGUAGAAUUUGGACCCAUGUCCAGACUCCCUCUUGAAUGAUUUCUAUGGCCUCCAGGAGAGGUUUGCACACAUCCACGGGUGAGAGGAGCAGGUGGUCCAGAGGUGCUUGCACGCCCCCUGCUGCCAUCCCAAACCAGCCCUUCAGCCUUUAAAUCCCUGACCCCCCUCCCCCACCCCAGAAGCUGCCAGACCUGCCUCCAGUAGGAGUGGCUAAAAGACCCCUUCGCCUUCACAAUUGCAAAGGAGAGCCAAGCUGGGCUCGCUGACCUCCCAGGUCAGCUUUUAUGAGACCCCACGGAACCCAGGCAGCCCAGCCCCAAAGACCUGGGGCAGCAGCAUAGCCUGCCCCAAUCCCAGGCCUUUCAAGGAAGUUCUGUCCCAAACCAGGCUGGACUCUCCAGUCCUGUGCCAAGAGCUCGUUGCUGUCCUUCAUUAAGAUCCUGUCCCACUUGGAGCCCAUUAUCAAAGCAUGCCAAGAGAUGGCAGUGAAUAUUGGGCAGGUCUAAAGUGAAUCUGCUUCUUCCUGAUGCCUACCCUGUGCCCUAAAGGGAGUGCCCUGAGCCAGCUAGGAGGCACAGAGUCCUCCCCCACUCUAGGAGGUUCCAGAUGACCUAGUUUUGUGUGCGUGUGCGUGUGUGUGUGUGUGUGUGUGUGUGUUUGGUCACCCAGACGUCAGUAUGAUGUCACCCAGUGAGUUUAUUUCUGGCUGUGUCUUUGUCAGCCUGGUUUCCAUAACUUGUGACCAAUUUGCCGCCUCCACCCUCGGUGGCUGCCCAGCUAAUGUCCCCCAUCCUUGUUGCCCUGGCCCCUGUCCUGGGUCUUCCCUAUAACAGGUGGCUCCAAUCCACAGCCUUUUGGAACAGACUGGCUGACAGACGGAGCACAAGGAUUCAGUCCCCUCUGGUGCCCUUGGCCAAGGCAGGGAUCACCCUUAAAAAGUGCAGGCCUAGGCCGCAGGAGUCGGGGACUCAGGAGGGAGUGGAUGAAGCUCAAUUGAGAAGCCGUGCUGGAAGGGAGUAUAGGCAGCAGGGAGGAAGAGGGGCUGUGAGGCGGCUAAGUGUGCUCAUAGGGUGGGGACCAUGAGUGCCGGAGCUGCUGAGAAGGGACACAGUCUCAGCCAUCGGAUCCCCUUGUCACCUACUCACAUAGUGCUUCUCGCUGACAGCGCCCACCUCCCUGUUGAUGGGCGUGCCAACUCUGGCCCCUCCCCCCACCUCUGCCACAGCCCUAACCUUCCAGGUCAGGACCAGCCUCAGGGCUGACAUGUGACUGGAGCCUCUCUCUGAGGACCCAGAUGCUCAGGCAUCUCAGGGCCCCUUCCCCAGGUGGGGGCAUCCCCCACCCCCGUCACUGCGGUGGCAGCACUGGGAGGCCUGGCCUAGGAGGCGGACCAGCCUGGGGUCAGCAGCACGUGGCACCAAGCCCGAGCUAUGAGGACCUUUUAAUUCCUGAUGGCCUGAAGCGGGGUGCAAUGGGGCCCCCUCACUGUUGGGGAAGCAAGAGUUCCCAUUGCCUAUAACCGCCCUCCCCUGAGCAGCCAACAGGCUAAAGUUGAGACCCACCGCUGUCCCUGUCCCCAGACCCUCAUCCCCAAAGACCUGGGAUAAGCCUCCUGCUCCUCCCAUGGCAGCAGCCGUGGCAGAGCCUCCAGCUCUCCCAGUGAGCCCAGCUGCAGAUGCACUCGGCUCCCCCUGGCUCCCAAGAUGGUGGGGGCAAUGGAGGGCUGACUGGGCCCCCAGACACAGCGUCCUGGAUACAUGUCCGAUUACCCCAGGGUGGCCCCACUUUAUCAACUCUCUAGGCCUUAUUUUAGAGGAUCUGGGCCCCUUGCUCAGAUCCAUCUGAGCCCCAACUCCAGAAUCAAGAAUGGGAAAUACAACUCCCUUUCCCACACGGUUUCAGGCAAGUCCCACCCCACACCUGGAGUAAGACCCGCCCUGGCAGCUUGAGCUGGAAGUCUGCCUGCCUCCAAGGGCACACGUAUUGAUCAGCCCUGAGCCCUUGACCCCUGAGAUCCUUGACACCUCCCACCCCUGCACCUGUGCCCCCACAGCCUGCCAGAAUGUGUCUUUGUGUCCAAUAGGCUUCCCUGGUAACCAUCCGUCCAUCUGUCCCCGUGUUCUGAUGUAUAUACCUUCUUGCUGCACCCCACCUCCCUGCAUAUGCCCCUUCACCCCGCUGGAGAGAAACCUCUCUAGGGAAAGGCAGGGUGGCUGCACCCAGCGACUAAUCCAAAUGGCAAAUAUUUUGUAACAAAAUAGCCCAGAGGUAUUUUAUCUGUUCAAUUCAUAGAGUUUUAGAGAUUAUAUUGAAAUAUGUCACUUGAGCAAA